GAGUCUUUGAAAUGUCAAACGGACAUACGUUAUCAACACUGUUGAUACGGCAGUUUCGGAAAAGUUCAUUGCAAAUAAAGACAAUUUGUUUAAAAAUGGAACCCAAAGUGAAUUUGCUAGAGGACCCCGUGUAUAAAAAACUGAAAGAUUAUUACUCUGCGAAUAAUGAGAAGAUUAAUAUUUAUCAACUGUUCCAACAAGAUACGGAUCGCUUUAAGAAGUUUAGCCUCUGCAUCCCAACACCCAACGAUGGUGAGAUCCUGUUAGACUAUUCAAAGAACAGAGUUAAUGAUGCAGUGUUGGGGCUUCUGAUGCAGCUGGCGAGGAGUAGGAAUGUGGAACAGGCUAGAGAUGCUAUGUUCUCAGGUCAAAAGAUCAACUUCACAGAAGACCGAGCUGUACUGCAUAUAGCACUCCGUAAUAGAGAAAAUCGCCCCAUACUAGUGAAUGGCAAGGAUGUAAUGCCUGAUGUGAACAGUGUUUUACAGCACAUGAAGGAAUUCACCAAUCAGGUCAUCAGCGGAUCAUGGAAAGGUUAUACCGGUAAAAGUAUUACCGAUGUCAUCAAUAUUGGCAUCGGAGGUUCAGACCUUGGACCUCUCAUGGUGACGGAGGCGUUAAAGCCAUACGCCAAGCAUCUCAAGGUCCACUUCGUGUCGAAUAUAGAUGGUACCCACUUGGCGGAGGUCCUUAAACGCUUGGAUCCGGAGACCAGCCUCUUCAUCAUAGCAUCCAAAACCUUCACCACACAGGAAACUAUCACCAAUGCCACCUCUGCCAAGGACUGGUUCCUGAACUCAGCCAAAGAUCCGUCAGCAGUAUCAAAGCAUUUUGUAGCACUCUCAACCAAUGGAGAAAAGGUCACCGCUUUCGGCAUUGACCCCAAAAACAUGUUUGGUUUCUGGGACUGGGUCGGAGGAAGAUAUUCCUUGUGGUCUGCGAUUGGUCUGUCAAUAUCUCUAUACAUUGGCUUCGACAACUUCGAGAAACUUCUAGAAGGCGCCCACUUUAUGGAUAAGCAUUUCAUGAGCGCACCUUUGGAAGAGAAUGCUCCAGUAAUAUUAGCUCUUCUUGGAGUGUGGUAUGGAAACUUCUAUGGAGCCGAGACACACGCGUUGUUACCUUACGACCAAUACUUACACAGGUUCGCGGCGUACUUCCAGCAGGGUGACAUGGAGUCCAACGGCAAGUCAGUGACGAGGGGCGGUCUGCGGGCCGAGUACAGCACGGGGCCGGUAGUGUGGGGCGAGCCGGGGACUAACGGACAGCACGCCUUCUACCAGCUCGUGCACCAGGGCACCAGACUGAUCCCCUGUGACUUCAUCGCUCCAGCGCAGAGCCACAACCCGAUCUCAUCAGGCGUCCACCAUAAGAUCCUGUUAGCCAACUUCCUGGCGCAGACGGAGGCUCUCAUGAAGGGAAAGACGCCGGAUGAGGCUAAAGCGGAGCUCGUCAAGUCCGGCAUGGCACCGGAAGCGAUCUCCAAGAUUCUUCCUCAUAAGGUCUUCACGGGAAACAGGCCGACGAACUCUAUCGUAGUUAAGAAAGUGACACCCUUCACACUGGGAGCGCUUAUUGCUAUGUACGAGCACAAGAUCUUCACCCAGGGCGUGAUCUGGGACAUCAACUCGUUCGACCAGUGGGGAGUGGAGCUCGGCAAACAGCUCGCCAAGAUCAUAGAGCCGGAACUCGCAGAGGGCGCCGCCGUCACCUCACACGACGCCUCCACCAACGGACUGAUCCACUUCCUGAAGAAAAACUUCUAAUGCACAUACAUAUUAUAUUCAGAUCAGGGUUUCUCAAACUUUAUUUGUCUCUGCCCACUUUGAGAAUAAAUUAUAUUUACACCUACUGAAAAAACCACUGUAACUUAUCUUAGCUGAGUGGAAUUACAAAUCACCCCAGACCUCUACACAAUACCUACAUUUUUCUGUCUCUUACCGCCCCCUUUAAGCCUACAGCGUCCACAAGGGGGCGCUAUCGCCCACUUUGGGAAAGGCUGGUUUAGAUGAAUAUAUGAUUGAGAUGAAAGGUCGAUGACUUUUUUGGAUUCUGUUGCAUAUAUUUAACUGUUUCAAAAUUUAUACUUUUACAGAAACUAUAAAAUUUAAGUGAAAUAAAUAACAGGAAUACAUUAAAACGCAGAAAAAUUAUUCAUCACCUGUGACGUGAUGUUUUUCACAAAUAUUCCUAUUUUUGACUAAAAUUUAAAAAAAAACAUACAGAUGCGAGGCAUUUCGAUUAAUGUUUUAAAAUUGAAAUAAAUU